AAAUAGAAAGUGAGAGAGGAUUGAUUGCGUCGUGGCGAUUCUCUGUAAAAAAAAAAAAGUCGCCGCCGGAGAAUCUGAGCUCUCACCGAUCGUUUUCCCCCGCCGCAAUUUUUGUGCUUUCCCGGCGAUCCGCUCCGUCCCUCACCUUACAUUCGUUGCGGUCUUACCCUCUCUCUCCAUCUCUCCAAUUUUGAAUUUUCCUACACUUGUCCAGAGAAAAAUUUCUACGGCAAGACACGAGUUUUGUUUAGUUUCUGGUAACAAGACUCAGUUACAGCUUCACCCACCUUGUAAAGGUUUAGACUUUAGUCGAAUAGAGUAGUUUUGAGUGAGAGACAGUUUUGGUAGAAGAGAGGGUGUGUAAAUGGGAGACAUGACUUGGGUUGAGGAGGGUAACAGCCACUUGACUAGCUCGAGGAAAAGGAAAGCUAGACCUAAGCGUUUCGAGUUCAUAGGAUGGGGUUCAAGACAGCUCAUCGAGUUUCUCCACUCCCUCGGCAAAGACACAACCACCAAGAUCUCACGGUUCGAGGUUAGCGAGGCUAUCUCAAGGUACAUUGCUGAGAACGGUCUCAUAGAUUCCUCAAACAAGAAGAAAGUCGCGUGCGACCAUAGGCUGAUGUCGCUUUUCGGGGCUAAGACGAUACUGAGGAUCAAGGUCUAUGAUCUGCUGGAGAAGCAUUACGAGGAGAAUCAGGAUGAUGCGGAUUUUGAUUAUCUGUAUGAGGAUGAGGCGCAGAUCGUGAGUCGUUCGGAGAAGGUGGUUAAGAUAAGGAAGGUUGUUGAGAAGAAGCCUAGAGGUGUUUUUGCGAAGAUGGUGAGUGAGAAUGUUAAGAUGGUCUAUUUGAGGAAGAGUUUGGUUCAGGAGCUGGUUAAGAAGUCUCAGUACGCCUUUGAGGGUAAAGUGCUGGGGAGUUUUGUGAGGAUUAGGUCUGACCCUAAUGAUUACCUUCAGAACAAUCCUUAUCAGCUUGUUCAGGUCACAGGCGUGAAGAAGGAGCCUGGGACUGAUGGUUUUCUUCUUCAGGUUACAAAUUGUGUAAAAGAGGUUUCUAUCUCUAUGCUAUCUGAUGAUGAUUUCUCCAAGGAGGAAUGUGAAGAUUUGCAUCAGAGAAUAAAGAACGGUUCUCUUAAGCAGCCCACAAUUGUGGAGAUGGAAGAAAAGGCUCGAAGUUUACAUGAAGAUCAGACAAAACACUGGCUUGGAAGAGAAUUGGCAUCGUUACAAAAGCGUAUUGCUCAAGCCACUGAGAAGGGAUGGCGAAGAGAGCUGUCUGAGUAUCUGGAAAAAAGAGAGCUUCUUCAGACUCCAGAAGAACAGUCCCGGCUACUCCGUGAACUUCCGGAAGUUAUUGGAGAGGAACUUGUACCAAACCCUGAAGCGUCCCCUGAGGCUCAUAAGAGUGACAACGAACAACGGUUGAGCGAAUCUCCAAUAUCAAGCAUCCAAGAAACCCCAGAAGUCCGCAACCUCUUUGGUGGAGACGAUCAGCAGUGUUAUAAUGGUUUUCUGAUGUCAAACACCAUCACAACUCCGGGAAUCACGUCUCAUGCGGUGGACUUGCUAACAUGGACUGCUUCUGCAGGUGAUGAAUCUCUUCAUGUAGAUGUAGAGCAGCCAGCAAAUGGCAUCACUGGAGAAGAAGAAACGCAGACUAAAGAGCCUGAAGUGUCUCAGCUUCAGUCAAGCACACCAGUAACGAAUCACAACAACGGAUCUCAAGCUCAACCGAAUCCAUCAGAGAUAAUAGAGCUUAGCGAUGGCGAUGAAGACGAGAACUGUGGUGAUGGAGAGACUCUAGACCCAACAGUUGAACAUGUUCAGGUUCUGAGUUCUCCUCCAUCCUCUGCUUGCCUAUCUGACAAGAAAAGGAAAAGGGACAGGCGUACACCAUACGAUAGAGAGAAGGCAAGCUGGCUAUACAAAGAUCCUCAGGGUGAUAUACAAGGACCUUUCUCUCUCACAGAACUCAAAGCUUGGAACGACGCAGAGUACUUCUACAAAGGCUUCAAGGUUUGGAUGACAGGACAGAGUCUGGACUCUGCAGUUUUGUUAACCGAUGUUCUUCGUCUGAGUUUAGCUAAUGGAAGUACCUGAAGAGAGUGAAGACUAGAUUCAUUGAUCUUUAUUUGUCUUAAGAUUGCAAUAGGUUUUGCUUCUCCGUUUAAGUAAACUGCAAAUAAAAGAAAAACCGUAGUAGCAUUGUUGUGAUCUCAAAGUUAAGACCCGCUGAGAUGAACAGAUUGUUGUUUUAUCAAAUCAUUUAUUCUGCA